UGCUGUUCCCUCCGGCGCUCCUUGUACGCAUGUUGUUCUUCGGGUGCACGAACUAUACGUACCGCCCUAUCCAUAACUCAGCUGCUUUAGCGCCGAUACCUCUCCUGCUUAUAUACUGCGCUAAUCUUGACGUCACGCUAUUGUUCACGGCGACCGUUCUAAUCUGUUCCGCAAUUUGACAUCUGCGCCGCCGCACUGCAUCCGUGUGGAAUUGCUAGGAAUCGCUAAGUCCAUUUCUGCUGCGGGACGCCGAAAAAACUAAAGAAGGUUAGUCAUAUACAGCUUUCGCUGUAAAAAAAAAAAAGCAAGCAACCACUUCUGCUCACUUCAAGCAGUUCGCUAUACGAGGCGAAAUAGACGGAGACCGAAUCCUUUUCCGUCGCUUACAGAUAAAGACUGGUACGACACACUUACGGGUUGGCUGAGUGGGCGGGAGGGUGAAUCAGACGCCACGCAUGCGCUGCAGCCAAGGGAAAGAGUGCAGCAGAUAGAUAAGAAAGAAAGGGACGAUGGGGUCGAAAGCCCCGACGCGCGCGCGAUUUGAAGGUGAGAGAGGAGGACAGCGCCCGAUAUGAGCAAGCGAAACAGCGGUGAAGCUACAGAAAUUGAAUCCAACCUCUAAAUAGGAGGGAUUCUGCCGAGACACUCUCCCUCCGCUCUCUCUCUUCGACGAUUCAGGGACAACAAUCAGAGCACAUAAAAGAGGAAUUGAUCGCGCCUCAUCGAAGCAAGAUCCCAGUGGUCCUCGGAGGUGUUUGAUCGACACUCGACGGGUCAACGCUGACGGAGCGAGCAAGCCGAGGCGACAGACCACUGCCCUCGUCCACGAAACAAAGGAGCCCUUCGUUUCCUCUUCGGAGCCGACGCAUACCGAACGGGAUGUCCGCCAGCCACUCUCUUCACCGUCUGGCGGUGACAUUGGUGGCAUGUGCUUUUGCUCUCUGCCACGCUGAGGAGAACCGGGACUGCGGCAUACAACGGCUCCGAGCAUGCGGCUCAAGCUUCGUCGUUUACGGCAACAGUACGACAAUUGCAGAAACGCCCCAAGAACUUCGGGAGGCCUGCCGGGUGUGGACUUCCGAGAUCGAGUGUUCGCUGAAGUACAUCGACGACUGCCUGGAAGGUACGACCCGCGGAACGUGCCUGGUGGUCCUCAAGGCUGCGGAGGAAGACUUCGAGGCCAUCUGCACCGAGGAAUCCGACAUGGCGAAACAGUACCAUCUCAGUGCUCCGUGCGGCAACUCGGUCGGCACGAAGCUCAACGGGUGCGUCCGAGGCAUGUACCACAAUCUGCAGAAAGCCGUGGAAAAGGCAGCUAGCAACCAGGCCGUUCAUCACGCCUGCUGUUACUUCGGAGAGCUACUCGAGUGCGUCGACUCCUCGCUGGACAGCUGCGACAACGCUGACGGACCGAAGCAGUUCAUCAUGGGACGGCUCGAGCACAUCUUCGGGGAGUCGCUCAGCCUGGUGUGCGGCACCCACACGCGCGGCUCGGCCAGCUGCGCGGCCCUGCCCGUCCUGCCCGAGCUCGGCCCAGGCGCGCCCGAACCAGUGAGCAACCUUGUCGAGUACGGCAUACUCAUCAUGCAGCUCUUCAGUCGACGCGACAACGCCAACCAGUAGGGAAAUGCAAUAAUAAAAAAAAAAUUUCCUCCGGA